CAAGCCCGUGCUCACACCGUCCCAACGGUCUCUUGCAACCUUACAGGCGUUGCCCUCGAAAGGAUCUGUGCUUUAGUGUUGGAAGUAGGAAGUGUAGGAAUUCAGGUCUCCCUAAUCACAUCCUCAUCCUAUCGCUCGCGCGACUAGUUUCUACUUUCUAACGGCGAUGGUUAAAAUCUGAAAUGUCGCUGUUGAGAACAUUGUUUAACGUCCUCAACUGUCAUCAUCAAUCAAGGCGGGACCCAUUUUCCCACACAACUCCUCUACACCAGAAAUGUGGUGUCUACUUUCCUCAACAGUUUACAGUUUCAGAGAAGAGAGGAGCCGGUUCAUGUUCUAACGUGUCGAUCUCUCCCUGUCUAUCUCCCUCUCUCUAUCGUGCCCUGGUUAUGGUGAACUCAAAUCUCUUUCACCAUCCAAGAUCUAGGAUUUCUUUCCAAUUCGGAUCUUUCUAGGGCUUAUGAGUAUUCAAGCGUUCCGGAUCGGAUUCUUCUAGCCAUGGCUUCUUUCUUUGGAUUUCUUCUCAUUUUGCUGUCGGUUUCGACAUGGGUAUUUGCUCCUCAGAGCUGUCAUGGCAGGGUAUUCAGCUUUAAGAUGCACCAUAGGUUCUCGGAACCAGUGAAGAGAUGGACCCAAAUGAUCGGGAAGGGAAUCGGCCCCGACGAUUGGCCGGAGAAGGGUAGUAUCGAUUACUAUGCUGCAUUGGCUGAUCGCGACCGGAUCUUGCGAGGCCGUGGCCUUGAGGACGUGGAUCGACCCGUCACGUUCUCUGAUGGGAACUCGACUUACCGGAUUAGCUCGUUGGGCUUUUUGCACUACACUACUGUUUCAUUGGGGACGCCGAGAAAGAAGUUUCUGGUGGCGCUUGACACUGGGAGUGACCUAUUUUGGGUCCCUUGUGAUUGCAACAAGUGCACACCAACGUUGGAUACAAGCUAUGGAUCAGAUUUUGAGCUCAAUAUUUAUAAUCCUAGAGGAUCAUCAACAAGCAAGAAAGUAACUUGCAACAAUAAUUUAUGUGCACACCGUAAUCGUUGCCUUGGAACAUUCAGCAGUUGCCCUUACAUGGUUUCAUAUGUUUCUGCUGACACAUCAACUUCUGGUGUUCUAGUGGAAGAUGUCUUGCACCUAAUAACAGAUGAUAGUCGUCCACAGGAUGUUGAUGCAAUUAUCACAUUUGGUUGUGGACAGGUGCAGACUGGUUCAUUUCUAGAUGUUGCAGCUCCCAAUGGUUUAUUUGGUCUUGGUAUGGAAAAGGUAUCUGUUCCUAGCAUUUUAUCCAAGGAGGGACUGACAGCAGACUCCUUUUCUAUGUGUUUUGGAAGUGAUGGAAUUGGAAGGAUAAGCUUUGGAGACAAAGGCAGCUCAGACCAAGAAGAAACACCAUUUAAUAUUGACCAACUACAUCCAAUGUAUAAUAUCAGCAUAACUCAAAUGCGUGUUGGGACAAGCAUCAUUGAUACAAAUCUUAGUGCACUUUUUGAUUCUGGUACUUCCUUCACCUACCUUGUUGAUCCUGCAUAUACACGCCUUACAGAGAGUUUCAAUUUACAGGCACAAGAUAGACGGCGUCCACCUGAUCCAAGGAUCCCUUUUGAAUAUUGUUACAAUAUGCGGCCUGGUGCCAAUAGUAGUUUGAUACCCAGCAUGAGUCUAACCAUGAGAGGUGGAAGUCAGUUUCCUGUUUAUGAUCCAAUAAUUGUAAUCUCCACCCAGGCUGAGCUUGUAUAUUGUUUGGCUGUUGUCAAGAGUGGAGAAUUGAGUAUAAUUGGGCAGAACUUUAUGACUGGCUACCGGAUUGUAUUUGAUCGAGAGAAACUUGUGUUGGGCUGGAAGAAGUUUGACUGUUAUGAUACCGAGGAUUCCAAUACGUUCCCACUAAAACCACAUAACUCCACCGGUGUGCCUCCUGCUGUUGCUGUCGGACCACAUAGUUAUACUCCAGAAGCAACAAAACAGACAAGGAGGAACAGUUCUGAGAUUGCAGCAGGACCACCUCAUCCCAGUCAUGCUACCCACCGUCAUGUGUUUUGUCUCCAAUACACCAUCGUCAAACUGUUUCUUAUUCUUUUAGCCAUUCUUUGACCAUUCUUUUCCUGCAUUUCAUGUGGCUUGCUUCAUGCAGAAAAUAUUGGUGACCCCUGUGUCAUAUGUUAACCAUGACCAUUGCCGGUUUACACUUAGACACUGAAUAGGAUGCAAUUUUGGGAGCCCUCUUUUCUUUUCCCCUUUGUUGUAAAUAUGAUUUAAACAGAGGCUAGUACAACACUUUUGUAUCAUCAAUAAUAGGAAAUUACUUAAUUUUCAGUUCA